AUGUCCAGCAGCUCGCCCAAGGCGGCCCUGUCCCAUGCACACAGCUACCUGCCGUUGGCCCUUCUCGCCGGUCUCUGCGGCGCCCUGGCCUCGGUGUCGGCCAAGCUGGCAUCGCUGUCGUCGCCGACAUCGUCACUCGUCCACUCGGCCCUCUGUCUGGCCUUCAACACCGCCAAAGCAUGUGCCCAGGAUGGAUCCGAGGGCCUCGUUUACUACAUCGAUCUGGAGCGAGCCCUGCGACUGCUCUCGGGCGCCUCGGUGCUGCUCUGGAACGCCCUCAUGUGGAUGUCCUUCACCAAGGCCCUAUGCCUGUCGUCGUCGUCGGUACAGGCCACCGUGGCCUCGACUGCCGCCAACCUGUGCGGAUCGGCGGUUGUUGGGCAGAUCCUCUUUCGCGACUCGCUAUCGCUCCAGUGGUGGUGCGGCGCCUCGCUGGUUGUUGUUGGGACGAUGCUAAUGAGCCACGGCCAAGCCAAGAAACUCAAGUCGGACUGA